GCCGGGUGGAUGAUACCCAUUACCCACAUGUGAGAGACAGCUCGCGAGAUUCAUCCUAAAAUCUCUUCUUUUUCUCGGCAAACCCACAAAAUUUAAAUAUAAAAAAAAAUCCGAUAUUUUUUUUGGGGAGUCUAUAAUCGGAACAUGUCGAAGAAUGCGACGGAAAAAGCUCCGGAAAAAUCAAAUUUUGCCCGGAAAUGUAAUUUGCUGAGCCGGUAUCUGAAGCAGAACGGAAGUUUCAGAGGCAUCGAUCUCGGGUUGACCCGAAAACCCGAUUCCGAUCUCGGGCUAACCGGAAAACGCAAACCCACCGGUCAAGAAAAUGCGAUGAGGAAGCCGGAAACUCGGGAGAUUAAAACCAUCGACUUUAUUCAGACAUGUCGCGACGCCGUACCAUCUGCGUCCUCUGGAGCCAAACCGAAUGUUGCCGAGCCCAGUGAACCGGAGCCGGGAACAUCCCCGUUGACGAUAUUCUUCAGCGGAAAGGUUAUAGUCUUCGACGAGUUUCCGGCGGAUAAAGCCAAAGAGAUCAUGGAGAUCGCCAAACUAGCGAACCCUGAAACCAUUUCGAACCUUCCCUUUGGUUCAGAGUCUGCGGCUGACGACGACGACAACAACUACAACUCCAAGAUGGAUUACCUCAAGAACGACGACGACAACAACAGCAAAAGCAAUGUGGCUAUUCCCGAUCUGAACGAGCCAACGAGUUCGGGAAACCCUAAUAACAACCAGACGAUACAGAAGAACCAGCUGGUUGAACGUAUAGCUCGUAGAGCCUCGCUUCAUCGUUUCUUUGCUAAACGUAAAGACAGGGCGGCGGCUAGGGCUCCAUACCAAGUGAAUCAAAACGCGGGUCAUCAUCCUCCGAAGCCAGAGAUGGCGAGUUCAUCGUUAGAACGAGGCCAAUCAUCAGGACAAGAGAAUAAUAACGCAAAGGGACAUGAAGAUAUGUUGCUUGAGGAGGAGAAAGAAGAAGAAGAAGAAGGGCAAUGCGUGAAAGACCUUGAGCUGAGGUUGUAGAGACACCGCUUACUUCACCUUCACAAUGGAACAGAUAUUCACUUUUAGAUGAUUAUUACAAUUUGAAUAUAUAUAUGGUCGGAUUAUUUGCUCUUAGUUAAGAGGUCAUUUGUAUGUAUUGUUGUAUUAGAUCCCAUCAUAUGUUUUUAUAAUUAUAUUUGCUGUAGCUUUUUUAAAAUCUUUUUUUAAAUAGAAAUAUAUUGUUAGAGUUCA